AUGGAAAUGGAGAGCUCUGUGUUGAACCAUCCUCUUAAGAAGAAACUGAAUAGAGUGCUAGAACUUAAGCUUGGAGAGAAUGAGGAACUUAUUAAUGGACUAAUAAGCUUGGACACUGUAGAUGAUGUCUCAGAAGGAAUUCCAAAGCAGUUAGUUAUGGAGUUACUAGACACUAAAGGGCAAAAUAAGUGUAGAUCUAUGCACUUUUCUAUAUAUAAAUACCAUUUGAUGAUCACGGAGAACUGUUUGGAUUCUCUGAGGCCUUUUGUUGAGGAUCUUAGAGCAAUGAAUAAUGAAAUCAAGGCAUUUGAAAAGGAGUUUAAUGAGAGCAUUACAACUCAGUUAACAAACUGGCACAAGUUCACAUUUCCGCUUUUGGAAGAGUUUAAAAAGAUACAGGAUCAAAUACAAAUUGUUGAAAACAAAAGAAGUAUGUGCAAUACAAUGUUGUCACACCUAAGUACUAACUUUGUUGGUGAUAUAAAGAAUCUAAAAUCUUCUAUGGAUGAGUCUAAAGGGAAUCUUUUGCUCUCUUUAGUAGCAAUAUAUAAUAAAUGUAUGGUAAGCGAGACUAAUUCUAAAAGAUUAAUUGAAAUUUUUAGUAGUGAUUCACAAAAAGAAGAAAGUACUUCAGAGUCUGUUCUCUCCAAACUUAAAAAUGACCCUGAAUAUUCUAAUAUGAUACCUAAAAUUCUCAUUAAUAUGAAGGCUCUAAUAUUAGAUUUAGAGCUUAAAAGAAACCAACUAGCUUCUGAAAUCACCAGUUUCUUAAUUGACCAAGUGAUUUCCAAAUCACCUGAUGAGUUUAAUGACCAAUUUGAAUUGUCACAGAAUACAGAAGACGAGGUAGAUGGUAUGGAAAAAGGAGCAGAAGGAAAAGUUUGUAUUUUUGGAAGUCAAAGUUUCCAAGAGGCUGUGGAAAUACUUAGACUUUAUCACGAGGAGCAAUGUUGCUCUUUACUUUCCUGUGUUAUUGAAACCAGGUCAAAGUACUUGGAGUAUAGAUUUAAUCACAUAAUAGAGCAUGGAAUCUCAAUUGGAGAUGCCAACUACUCUACCAACUUAUUGGACUAUUUGGAGUCUAUUUUUGAAUGGAUUCGAGUUUGUGGAGUUUCCAUUGAAUCAGAAUUUCUAGUCAAAGCUUUUGGAUAUGAGGUAUGCCAAGAUUGUGAAUUUGAAGAGAAGCAUCUGGACUUCAACCAAAAUAAAACUUCUGGGCCAAACUCCGUGGAUGAAAUGGCCAACAAUAUUUUGAAUAGUAUAACCCACACUCUUUGUAUUCCUUUUUCCGGAGCAAUCAGAGAUAUCCUUCGUCAAUUUCAUCCUCCCAGGACGUCUAGGCCAGAUUCUGCUCACCACUUUGGUAACCUAACUUUCCUCAAGACAGGAAUUACAAUUGGGAUCAAAAUUGCACAUUUAAUUGACAAUUAUAUUGAGACUUUAAUUCCAUUGUUUAAAGUUUUGCCUAAGCGAUCUAGCUCAUCCCCAAAACAAGUCCGCCUUGCAUUUCCUCUACUUAUUCAACGAUUUAAAGAUUUAAGAGAGGAAGCAAUUGCUCAGUACUAUGUUUAUGCAGGAAUCGUCAAAGAAAACGUAUCUUCUCGUAUAUCUGAAAUUUUAACGGUAGACUUCUCAAUCUCACUUCUGGUCAUGGAAUGGUCCUCUCUAUUAAGAGAUAUUCUCUCUACUAUACAGAGUGGAAUUCUGGUUAUAUCAAAUGACAAUACCCCAAAUAGAGAGGAUAUCAAUUCUAUUUUAACAUCUAUGCUUGAAACCUUUAUAAACCCUAUGUUUAAUGCUAUUUGCUCAGUUGCUACUUCAGAUGAAACUCCUCUUGCUUCAAUUAUUAGGAUUAACAACAUAAGUUACUGUCUCUCUGUGCUAACAGCCUAUCCGAAGAUGAAUUUCUUGCUGAAAAAUCAGAUUGAGAUAGCAGAUCAAAUAAUAAAUGAUGAAGUUUCCAAACUAACUAAUUUACUAAAAGAAGAGUUUUGUGAUAAAUAUAGGUUUGAGGAGCUUCUUAAAGAGCUUGAAGUCAAAAAAAAAAGUUUAUCGAACUCACAAAUAGUGGAUGAAUCUAGUGACAAUCUCAAUUCAAAAUCUAAUUCCAACUACAUAAAUAAUGAAAGUGAACCAGGCCAGGACCCUCUUUUGAUUCUCUCACAAGUAAUUAUUGACCAGUUCUUUGAAAGUAUCCUACGAUUUGGAGCUAUUCCUUUUGCCAAUGCUGACCGAAUCCAAGAUAAACAAAUUAGAAAUAGUUUAUUAAAAAACCUUUUUGAACACAUUUCACGUCAAUAUGAAUUAAUAUUUGACCAGAUUAAUUUGAUUUGGCCUCAAGAAAGUUCAUUUCUCAAACAUGACCCUCACCAAAUCAAGCUGAUUUUUUCUAACUUAACUAAUUAA